CCUCCCAAAGUGCUGGGAUUACAGGCGUGAGCCACUGCGUCCGGCUGCAUAAACAGAAGUUGAAUGCUGGUCCACUGUAACUUCAAAACCUUCCUUUAAAUUAUGCCAGAUGCAGGACCUAAGAAGUAAAGGAAGUAUUUCUUAAUAAAAUUACCCCAGAGGCUCUUCCUGAACUCUGUUUCAGUUCUAGAUUGGCUAUCUAACGAUAAAAGUUAAGCAUUAACUUUAUGUGGUUAGGGUGUGGUCGGAGAUAAAGAACCUAAAGUCUUUAAAGUCUCCCCAGUUCCAAGUAGGUAAUCCCUUCUGAGAAGUCCCACCUUUCUGAGCAGCUGUGUUUGAAGAAAGCUAGUGGGAAAAGUUCCAGGACUACAUGUCAGGAAACUACAAGAGUUAGAAACAUUUGUUGAUUUACAAGUGUUUUUAACUUCCUGCUGGGCUGAAAACUGCUUGUUUUGUGGAAAAGCGAAACUUGGCAGCAAACAUCUAAAAUGAAGAGCCCCCAAACUUUUGAGGAAAAAACGGAAUGCAUUGUUAACGCUCUACUCAUGGACUUCUUGGCCCCAACAUUGCGGGUUGCCAACCGGAACCUAUGCUGUGUAGAUGAAGUAGGUUCAGGAGAGCCUUGCUCUUUUGACGUGGUUAUCAUUGCUGGUCGCCUUCGGAUGCUGGGUGACCAGUUCAACGCAGAAUUGGAAACUUACGCCAAAAACAUCAUUGCAGAAACCAUUCAAGGACAGGCAGGAGCUAUACUCCAGAACACAGUGGAAUCUCUCAGCAAGACCUGGUGUGCUCAGGAUUCCAGCUUAGCUUAUGAGAGAGCCUUUCUGGCAGUGGCAGUGAAACUUCUUGAGUAUAUGGCUCACAUCGAUCCUGAAGUAGUGGGACAGGUGGCUAUCCCCAUGACGGGUAUGAUCAAUGGGAACCGAGCCAUCCGAGAGUUCAUCCAGGGCCAGGGAGGUUGGGUAAGUGUGUUGGGGCUCCUGGUUUUGCUAGGUAUUUGCACUGUUUUUGUACUAAUACCUGGGAUUCCGAUUCAUGACCCUUUUGGUAAAUUGGAAACCAACAGGAAAACAGGCUUCCCUAUUUUGCUGAAAAUGCCUAGAUUUUCUUGCCAUGGAAAAGUGGAGCAGACAGAAGAUCAGCCUGUGGGUGUUGGACUCCAGAGUCAUGCUACCUAA